ACCACUAUGGACAGCUUUAGAAUAAUUUUAAUAUCUGUUAUAUUGGUCGUACCGUUCGUUCAUUGUAUACCUCAAGGAUACUUUUAUUCAAGACCCGAUAUGGCCUUUGAGUUACCAAGAAUUGAAAGUAAUAAACUGACCAGACAUACCGGACAGGUAUUGCAAAAAACUGUCUCGUUUAAAGUUUCACAUGAAGCGCAUCAGCCGUUUAAUGUUUAUGCCGAUGGCGUUUUUAUAAAUCCCAAUCGUCCUGCUACCAAUGGAUAUUAUAGUGAAGGAACGUUGCAAAAUAAUAAUCCAUACAGCGUUGAUACAUUGAACGGAAACGCCAUACAAAAUACCUACUCAUCACAAGACACUAACUCUUUCCUAAACAACGUCAACAACGGUUACUCUCCGGCUAAUCAAUUAAGUAAGAUCCAGUCAGAUAUUUUAGGUGUGACCAGUCAAACUACUCAAUCACCGUCAAUUAUAAAACAUAUAUACUUUCACGUUCCGCAACCGGACGUAGAAGAAAACGUUCGUCCGAUCAAGCCACAGGCAAAAAAGACAUACAGGAUUGUAUUCAUAAAACUCCCCGCUCAAACCUUAUUCAAUUCACGAACUCAAUCAAUAAUCAAGCCAAGUACUAUCGAAGAAAAGACGCUUAUAUACGUCCUAAUAAAGAAACCGGAAGAGAAACAAAUUAUUGUUCCCAAAUCCCACAAAUUGUCAGAGCAUGAAGUUGUCUUUGUCAAAUAUAAAGAAAAUAUGGCUACAAGAACUGAGACCAUUGAAACACCACGCAGGAUUCUAUCUAACUUUCAAGAUGAGAUAUAAUCAAAUCAUCCUUGAGAGAUCAAUGCUGAUUUGUAUAUUGUAUUUAAAAUUAAGUGCUCUACCGUAAAUGGUUUUGACUCAUUGUAAAUUCAAUUUCUUUUAUGUCUAAAUGCAAAGCGCGUGUAACUCAGUUACGGAUAUGCAAUGUAUUGUAUUUUACAUCAUUGUAUGAGAUCUACGAUAAGAGGUAAUGCUGAAUAGAGCAAAUAUGUUUGUUAAAUUGUAGGUAGUCAGAUAUUUAUCUAACAAGAAAAGGUCGAAUAAAAAUUUGUAGUACUUAUAAUUAAAAAUUUCAA